AUGGCUGGGGUGACAGACUUCCAGUAUCUUGCGGUGCAUUCUGCAAAGGACGGCUCACACACAUCCCUCUACGAUAAGAUCAUCUUGCGUAAACCAGAGAAUAAUGAGUUCUUUGAGCAGCCUGUGCCCCUCUUCCUUCCUCCACCCAUCUUCUCUCGCCUGGACAGUGCUGUGGACUAUAACUACCGACCUGAAAUCCAACACAAAGAAGGCCAUUGUCCCCCAACAGUCUCCAGGGAUAAUCUGAUUGGUUUGAGUCGAGCCCGUCGGCCUCAUAAUGCCAUCUUCCUCACUUUUAACGACCAGAACAUCCCCACUGAGCCCCUGGAGGCUGCCAAGGUCAACUGGAAGAUAGUGUGUGUUCACCCCAGUGACAUAAAGGCAGAGGAACAACUGAAGGAGAUGUUUGAGAGCCGGCCCAUCUGGUCCGGGUACGCGGUCAAGGCCAACCUGGACCUCCACCCUGAUAAACUGAAGCUGCUGCUCCCUAUCAUGGCCUACUAUAUGGUGAGGAGACCUAGACCAGCCAAUGGAAAAAGAUAUACUAUCAAUGACAUGCCAGUGAAGGCCAAGAGGAGCACUUUCAACUAUACCCUGCCAAUCACACUUAACAAAGCAGUGCCCCAGGCUGCUAAUGUGACAGAUUUACCUCCUGAGGGCCCUGCUGGUGGACGUAGUGCAAAUAUAACCAGAUACCAGCUCAAGGAUUCCUCAUGCAAAUUCCGAUAUGGGACCCUGCCCCCCCACAGGCAGAUGUUCUACCAGCUCUGUGAUCUGGACGUGGAUAGGUAA